AUGAACAGCAUGAGACCCUCCACCCUGAUCGCGGCUCUCGCCUCCGCCGCUGGUGUCGCCGCCCACGGCCACGUCAACAACAUCGUCAUCAACGGUGUCUCGUACCAAGGCUACGACCCUACGAGCUUUCCCUACAUGGCGGAUCCCCCUACCGUCGUAGGCUGGGCCACAACCCAGACCGACAACGGCUUCGUGGCGUCGGACGACUUUACCAGUGCCGACAUCAUUUGCCACAGAAACGGCACCAACGCCGCGGGUCACGCCCAAGUCGCGGCCGGUGACAGCAUCUCGAUCCAGUGGACCGUGUGGCCCGAGUCGCACAAGGGUCCCAUGAUCGACUACCUGGCCGCCUGCGACGGCUCCUGCGAGACCGUUGACAAGACGGCCCUUGAGUUCUUCAAGAUCGACGGUGUCGGCAUCCUCGACUCGACUUCCGCCCCGGGUACCUGGGCUUCGGACGUCCUAAUUGAAAACAACAACACCUGGCUCGUCCAAAUCCCGGCCACGCUCAAGGCCGGCAACUACGUCCUCCGUCACGAGACUAUUGCACUACACUCAGCCGAGUCGGCGGGCGGCGCUCAAGCCUACCCUCAGUGCUUCAACCUGGAGGUCACCGGCGAUGGUACUGAUGUGCCCACUGGUACACUCGGAACCGCGUUGUACACCGAGACCGACCCCGGUAUUGAGAUCAACAUCUACACCACCGGAAUCACCUACGACAUCCCCGGCCCUACCCUCAUCGCCGGCGUCUCGGCUUCCGUAUCGCAAGUCAGCUCGGAGGUCACAACCUCUGCCUCCGCCACUGCUGGCGACGGCACCGCUGCUGCUACUACGACCGCCGCCAGUGCCGCUACCACCACUGCUGCCGCUGCUACAACCUCUACCGCCGCUGCUGAGACCUCCUCUACCGUUGUCGCCGAGACCUCUUCGGCCAGUACCAGCGUCGCCGUCGAGACCAGCGCGGUUGAGACCUCGUCCGCUGCUACUUCCGCCACUGUUCCCGCCACUACCCUCGCUACCGUGACCAAGGCCACUACCACCGAGGUGGCAGCCACCACCUCCGCAACUGCGUCGCCCAGCCAGACCGGAUCUUCCGGCGUCGCAGCUCUCUACGGGCAGUGCGGCGGUAAGAACUGGACCGGCGCCACUUCCUGCUCUGAGGGCACUUGCACCAACAUGAACCCUUACUACUUCCAAUGUGUCAACGCUUAA